AUGGCGUCUCAUGCAUCGACGCCAACGACGCCGGACACGCGGGCCAAUCCCGACGAGACGAUUGACGUUGAGCGAGACGGCGGCACACACGACGGCGAACCCAGACCUCGUCACGUCAUGGAAGCCGAGAAGCUGCCCUCACGGUCGGCUGAAACAUCAUCCGCACCCGCAACUUCAACUCCAACUUCGACUCAAAGCCCAACCCCAACGACGGCGGCAAAUCAACCACACGCGGAACCAGAAGCCCAGCGCACCAAUGUCGAGACAUUCCUCAUCGUCCUGGCCCUGUGCCUGGCCCUCUUCCUCGCCGCUCUCGACAUGACCAUCAUCACCACCGCCAUCCCCACCAUAGCAGGCACCUUCGACUCCAGCCUGGGAUACGUCUGGAUCGGAUCCGCCUACCUGCUCGGCAACGCCGCCUUUGUGCCGACAUGGGGCAAGAUCUCCGACAUCUUCGGCCGCAAGCCCGUCCUGAUCAGUGCCGUCGUCAUCUUCUGGAUCGGCUCGCUCCUGUGCGCCGUGAGCAACAGCAUGGGCAUGCUGAUUGCCGCGCGAGCGGUCCAGGGCGUGGGCGGCGGAGGCACCGUUGUGCUUCCCAACAUUUGCAUCUCGGACCUCUUCUCCAUGCGCAAGCGCGGCAUGUACUUUGGCAUCCUCGGCGGUGUAUGGGCCAUUGCCUCGGCCGUCGGCCCCGUCCUCGGAGGCGUCUUCACCAGCGCGGUUUCCUGGAGGUGGUGCUUCUACAUCAACCUGCCCCUGUCCGGCGUCGGCAUCCUCAUCCUCAUCUUUGUGCUGAAGCUGCACAACCCGAGGACGCCCAUGAGGCAGGGGCUGCUGGCCAUCGACUGGGCCGGAAGCCUGCUCGUCAUCGGCGGCACCCUCAUGUUCCUCUUUGGACUGCAGUUUGGCGGCAUCCAGCAGCCCUGGAACUCGCCCACCGUCAUCUGUCUGAUUGUCUUUGGCGUCGUCGUCGUCGGCCUCUUCGUCUGCUACGAAUCCAUGGUCGCCAAGUAUCCCAUCAUUCCCACCUCGCUGUUCCGCCACCAGACCAGCAUCGCCGCCUUCUCGCUCGCCUUUUUGCACGCCUUCACCUUCAUGAGCGGGAGUUACUGGCUGCCGCUGUACUUCCAGGCCGUCUCGGGAGCCACCUCUCUGCUCUCGGGCGUCUUUCUCCUGCCCUUUGUCCUCUCGCUCUCCAUCACUUCCGCCAGCGUGGGCAUUAUCAUCAAGCGUACGGGCAACUACAAGAUUCCCAUCGUCUCCGGUCUCGCCGUCAUGACGCUCGGCUUCGGCCUCCUCAUCGGCCUUGGCGACGACCAAAACUGGGCCAAAAUCAUCGUCUUCCAAAUCAUUGCCGGCAUCGGCGUCGGCCCCAACUUCCAGUCCCCCCUUAUCGCUCUGCAGACCAAUGUUGAGCCGCGCGACAUUGGCUCAGCAACCGCCAGUUUUGGCUUCCUUCGCCAGCUGGGCACCUCCAUCUCCGUCGUCGCCGGCGGCGUCAUCUUCAACAACCAGAUGCAAGCUCAGUCUGCCAAGCUGCAGCGCGAGCUUGGGCCGCAGCUGGCUAGCAUGUUCAGCGGUACUCGCGCCGCUGCCAGCGUGCGCAUUGUCAGCACCUUGCAGGGCCACGAUGCCGCAGUUGUGAAGAAUGCCUACUGGAAUUCGUUGCAAACCAUGUACAUUCUGUUUACUUGCACUGCGUUUCUGGGCUUUUUGACAAGUUUUGCCGUUAAGCAGAAGAGGCUGAGCAAGGACCAUACUGAGCACAAGACUGGUCUGCAGUCAUUGAAGCAGAGGAAUGAGGAUCAUGCUGCUAGUCUCUCGGGCAAAGAAGCCUCUUGA